AUGAUCAGCUCCAGGAAACGGAACCUGGAAGAAGUGAACACAGAAGAGACGAAAAAACUAAGAGAGGAUGCAGAUGCGGUAAUCCAGCAGAAGAAAUUUCAUGGCCUGAAAAAUCAAGGAGCCACAUGUUAUCUCAACAGCAUCAUGCAAGUUCUCUUCAUGACACCUGAGAUUCACGACAGGUUGGAUCCAGAAUCACAGAAAAUAGACCAAGAGCUGAGAAACAUCUUUGAACUACUAAAGAAAAGAACGUGUGGAACAGAAAAGAUAACAAAGACUUUGGAGAUCCAUAAUGUUUCUCAGCAGCGUGAUGCUGCCGACUGCCUGGAUCUGAUUUUAUGUAAGGUCAGCCCCCGGGUCUCUGAGCUUUUUGAGGGUCAGCUGAUGUACACAACAAAAUGCUCCAAAGGCCACGUCAUCAAUGAAGAGACAAAUCCUUUCUGGACUCUUCCACUGUCUCUCAGAGACAACCCUGAUGAAACAUACAGCAUGGAAGGAGGAUUUGAAAAGAUUUUCCAAACCAAGUCAUACAGUGGAGACAACAUGGUGUACUGUGAAGAAUGUGAGAAGAAAACAGAGGCAACCAGUAGAUGUGAGAUGGUGAAAUUUCCUCACAUCUUGAUUCUACUCCUGAAGAGAUUUGACUUUGACUACUACACCAUGUCAGAUUUCAAGUCAGACUGCUGUGUCGCUGUGCCAUCUGAAAUGACAACAAAUGGCAAAAAGUACAAAGUGUAUGGGAUAGUGAAUCACAUGGGCAGUCUGAGAGGUGGACAUUACACAGCCACUGUGCUGUCCAGGGAGGACCACACCUGGUAUGACUGUGAUGACUGUAAUGUGACAAAGGCUGAAGAACAGCUGUUUGCAAAAACCAAGUCAUACAGGUAA